GUGGUCGCACCCGUUGACUCCAGAGCCGUCCAUCCGGGUUCUUUGAAGGUUUGGUGAGCACUGAGCAGUGACGGUCUGGGCGUGAGACUGAUUUCUUUGCUGAGGAGAAUUGGGCCUUUCUCCUCACAGGAGUUUUCGGCCCAUCGGACCUUACUUCGGUCUUCUGGAUGGCAGAAGGCAACAUAUUAAAAUACGUCCCAGAACUUCACGUUCCUGAAGAAGAGAUCGCAGGAAGCAGUACUUAUCCAGAUGAUGUGAAAGUGAAGGAGAAAAUAGAACUUCUUCUCAGUACAAUAACUGCAGAAAGAGCAGCCCAAGCUUUACAAGAAACCCUCAAGAGUCAAGAGGAAUUGCAGGGAAAGCCUUCACAAUUCAGACGCCGAUGCAAGAAAUCUAAUGUGCCAGACUCAGAAAAACCAUUCCCCUGUAUCGAUUGUGGGAAGAGCUUCUCCCAGAGCUCUAACUUAAUAGAACACCAGAGAAUCCACACAGGGGAGCGCCCAUUCACCUGCAGUGAAUGCAAGAAAAGCUUCAGCCGCAGCAGCACUUUGGUGGAACACCAACGCACUCACACAGGCGAGAAGCCUUACAAAUGUCCAGAGUGUGGACAGAGCUUUACCCGCAACUCUACUUUAACCGACCACCAACGCAUCCACACUGGGGAGACACCCUUCCCAUGUCAGGAGUGUGGCAAAGCCUUCAGCCGCACCUCCAGUCUUGUGAAGCACUUGCGCACCCACUCGGGUGAGAAGCCCUACACGUGUCGGCUCUGUGGGAAAUGCUUCUCCCUGAGCUCCAACCUUCUCAAGCAUGAGCGCACUCAUUCAGGAGAAAAGCCCUUCCCCUGCACCCUCUGCGAAAAGCGCUUCAAGAAGAAGACCCACUUAGUGUCCCACCAUCGCGUGCACACUGGGGAGCGGCCCUAUCGGUGCGAGGAAUGUGGGAAGUGCUUCUCCCAAAGCUCCAUUCUGGUUGAACACCAGAGGAUCCACACUGGGGAGAAGCCCUACAGGUGUGCUGACUGUGGGAAGGGUUUCUGUGUGAGCUCCAACCUCAUCAAGCACUAUCGAAUCCACACAGGGGAGAAACCAUAUGUUUGCUCUAUCUGUGGGCAGACCUUCCGUUACCGGCCCCAGUUCACCCGUCACCAGAGGAUCCACACAGGUGAGAAGCCCUUUACCUGCUCUGAGUGUGGACGAGGGUUUAGCCGGAGCUCUGCGCUGACGGAACAUCAACGUACCCACACCGGGGAGACACCCUUCUCAUGCCGGGAGUGUGGGAAGGCCUUCAGCCGCACCUCCAACCUGGUGAAGCACUUGCGUACCCACUCGGGUGAGAAGCCGUACACAUGCACCCUCUGCGGGAAGCGCUUCUCCUUGAGCUCCAAUCUCCUCAAGCACGAGCGCACCCAUUCGGGGGAGAAGCCUUUCCCUUGCCCCCUCUGUGGCAAAUGCUUCAAGAAGAAAACCCAUCUGGUGUCUCAUAAUCGUGUCCAUACUGGGGAGCGGCCCUAUCGGUGUGAAGAGUGUGGGAAGUGCUUCUCCCAGAGUUCUUCCCUGAUUGAACACCAGAGAAUCCACACUGGGGAGAAGCCCUAUAAGUGUCCUCAGUGUGGUCGAGGGUUCUAUGUUAACUCCAAACUGGUCAAACAUCAGAGGAUCCAUACGGGUGAGAAACCCUAUGCCUGCUCUUCCUGUGGGAAAACCUUCAGAUAUAAGCAACAGUUUCCACGCCAUGUAGCUCACGUCCAUCCUGGGGAGGACCAGGUUUCUGUGCUUACCAUAAGCACUAGCGUUUCCUUGGGCACAAGUGUUAAUAUGCUACUCUCGUAGUGCCCAAGACAGCCCCUGGUUGAGUGGCUUCAGCUCGUCUUGAGGUUAGUUCUGCUGAAAAGUAUACUUGUUGCCAAAUGUGGUAGGUCCAUAAACUUUCCAAUCACGACUGAAUAACUAAGCUGUUUCUCAGAGUUAGCAGUAUCACAGUAAAAACUGGAUGGCUUUGUUUGUGAUGCCUUUUCAUUCUCAUGUAGAGGAACUGUUUCCCAGAACUAGGAGGGUUCUUUUAUUAGUACAGUUUUUUUUAAAGGAAAGAAAAUGAUAUUUUGAGUAUUUUUAAUCAAAAUAUAUACAGUAUUAACUAGGAAACAGCUAACUAAUCUUUCAAGGGAGUGAAUUGCUAUCAUAAAUGCUAUGGAAUUUAUUCAGACAGUUCAUUUAUGAUACCAUCUGGAAGGGGAUUACAAUGAAGCUUAGAACUCUAUCUACUAUGAUGAUACCCCCUUUUAAAGUUAAUCCCAAUGGAGACAAAUAUGAGGUUUUGUGGGUGUUCAUCUUGUUUGAGAACAAAGGUAGUUUGACUGAGACUUUUCCAAUCUUGCUAAUUUUUGAAUGCUACCUGGUUAUCACUGUGGAGUCCCAUGUAGUAGAAUUUUUCUUCUAGAGGCAUAUAAUAUAUUCCUCAUUAUCCAGAACUCAGUAGUAUUCACUAGUGUCUUGACAACUUGUGCAAGAUACAUUCCAGAUUUCAUGUUCUGUUUGGUGAAGACAAUACAAUAGGAACAUCCCUUAGACGGAUGUACUCUCUGGUUUUGCCUUUCGUUGUUGUUUUAAAGACAUCUCAUUGAAUCAGUUCAAAAUAUGAACAACUUCCUAACCUGGUGCCCAUCAGAUACAUUGCAUUUCAGCUUCUGUGAAUCAUCACAGUUGGCCAUGGGAGCUGUGGUUGAUGGGAACUUCAAUCCAAAAAUUGAAAGAUCUUGAAUGGUUGGUGAAAACUGUGCAAAAAUUCUUUUGAGUUAUGUGUUAGAAUAAUUUGGUGCAGUCCUGUCAAAACACACUGAAGUCCCACAUAUUUCAACACAAAAUGUUAAAUAAUGACCCCGGUGAAUGAACAAAAGGUAUGCCUUGGAAGUUCUUUCAUUUGGUGGAAGACAAGAGAAGUCAAAAUACACCCGUGGUGAAGUAACCAGAUUACCAUAGCACCUCAGACAUGUGUCAGACAAAAUUGCUGAAAUUAAAUGACACCACCCAAAGCAAUGCUUUUCAGACAAAAAGUGAGCUAGAAACGUUGUGAGUAAAAUGUACAUAAGACUACAUAUAUUCCUGUCAUGGCUCCUGGUACAUUUGGACAAUUGAGACUGGUAAAAUCAUUCUCACUGACAUAGGACUCAUAUUCACAUAAGGGCAUUGCAAGAUUAUCACACUCCCAUUUUGGUUACAGUAAUAAUAGGUCAAAGUUAUUGCAUAAAGCUGAGGUUUUCAAAAAAUCGUCCAUGGGGCUAUAUCAUUGCCUACAGAGUAAACUGGCAUGUUCUCUAUAUUGUUCAACACAAAUUGCUCUAAAAUACUAUGCUGCCAAGUAGUUCUGCCAUGUUACCUGAAAGGUAUUUUCUAGAUCAUGUGCUGUGCUUCAUCUCCGUGUUGUGCUUCCACUGUGACACAACAAAGAGCUAUUUACCCUUCAUAAAUAAUAAUAUAAUAUACUGGAGCCCCUGAUGGCGCAGCAGGUUAAACUGCUGAGCUGCUGAACAUGCUGACCGAAAGAUUGGCAGUUCAAAUCCAGGGAGCGGGGUGAGCUCCUGCUCUUAGCCCCAGCUUCUGCCAACAUGACUAGACUCAAAUGUCAGGGGAAAACCUUUACCUUUAACCUUAUAUUCUGCUCUGUCUCCCCGAGGGAACUCAGAGCGGAUUACAGAAUAUAAACAUUCAAUGCUGUUACACAAUUAACAAUAAAGACGGACAAGUGUUGGGAGGUACACACAAUGGGUCUUGAAUAACUUACAUGUGAAUUCUGUUUCUGUGAGAGAGAAAAACAUUUAAAACGUACUGUACUCUCACCCCACUAAACGUAUGGUGAGAAAAAGGAAGGUCCUUAACUGAUUUCUAUAUUCAGCCUUCCUCAUUUGUGGGUUUGCCUUUUGUGGAUUAGAUUAUUCAUGGAUUUGAUUACAACAUUAUUUCUAGGAAUCUUUAGGUUUCUAUGGUGAAAGUUGACCAGGGAGUUGUGCUGGGGCAUCAAGAGAUUCCUAGAGAGAACACUUCUAUAUGCAUUUCUAACUCCUUCAGUGUUAUUCUAUGGUCAAUGAAGUUGGAGGAUUAAAGAGCUUCUCCUAGAAGUUCUCUAGUUCUAGGCCUCCUACUUCUUUCAGGUUAAAAAAUUGUUUUUUUUAAUGGAUUUUCCAUAUUUAUGGGGGACUUGCCCCCUGACUGCAGAGAAAGUGGAGGGUCCAUUGCUCCAUAAAUAAUAUAAUAAACAGUCGUCUUUGAAGACAUGGGUCUAUUCAUCUAAUUUUUCAAUGCAGAUUUCAAAGUCUAGCAGAUUUAUAAUAAACAUUACAAUCAAUAAAUCGGCAAUUAGAAGCAGCACAAUAAAUAUAAUGGCAUAUACCCCAAAAUAUUACAAAUCAAAUAAAAAUAAUAAUAAGAUAUAAAUAUCCUAAUAUUCCCUUCAUAAAAUAUAGAAUACUAUUCCAAACACUGUGUCUCCAAAAGAAUCAUGGUUUGUCAUCAACCACGUGUAUUGAAUCAAGAUUUGUACCUUAACAAAGAUAACAGCCUUAUUUUCAUUUCAUUUGGUUCUGUUAACAGGAACCAAUAGAGUAAUUUACUUUCCUAUCCUAGUGUGCUAAGUGAGUUAGUGUUAUUCUUAGAUGAAGAGUGAGUGAAAAGGCGGUGUAGAAUAUCUGAUCCUGCCCAUUUGAUUUGUUUUGUACCAAGUGUGUUUCAAAUAAACUGUGACUGUUGUUUUCA